CAUAUCUUCUUGAUUUAUUCUGUAAAUGUGGUUAUCACUGCUUACUAGUGUUAAGGAAUUAUUCCAUUAGUAUACUUGUCUAUGUUUUAAUUAAUCAUGAUAAGUUCAAUGAUAAGCCAAUGAUGUCCAAUUAAUAAUAAAAUUAUUCUGUUCGAAAAUAAUUGAACUAAAAUAAUAAUUUAAUUAAUAAUUGUUAGCAUUACUUCAGAUUGUCAAUUCCCUAGAUAUUGAUAACCGAUGGAGUUUAGUCAUGAAUUUCUGGGAGGGUAUUUUUCAAAUUUAAUUAAUAUAAGACGUUUUAAAUCAGAAAAUGCUCAUACUUUUGAUCAAGUUAAAAUUUCAAAAGUCUCUUAUCGAGUAAUUAUUGAUAAACUUAAAUCAAUCAAUCCAAAUAUGGAUUAUUCAAAUUUACAAAAUGAAAUGAAUGACUGUAAUAUCAAACUGCAAAAGUACAAUUUCCAAAGUUUCUUUGAUUCUCCUGAUUGUUUAAAUGCACGAUGUCUUUUUCCUAUUUAUGAUUCAGCAGAUGGAGAUCUCAAAACACACAAAAGAAGUUCCAGUGAUUUAUAUCAAAUUAAGAGAACAAAAAUUUAUACGCCGCCUCCUGUAUUUACUCCUAGAGGAAAUAUUAUUCCAGGUCAAACUGUAUUGAUUACCAUUUCUGUUUAUCAUCCUUUUCAUUGGAUUAAAGAUCAAGAUCCUGAUGAAGCCGUUAUUCCUCACUGUAAUGAUUCUAUUCAAUUUCAUGAAUCUCAGACUCUCCGAGAUGUUAAAAGUGCAAUCAAAUGUAUUAAUAUUGAUAGUGAAAUUAGUGGAGAUAUAAGUGAAAAUCCUUUCAAACCAUUUGAGUUUAUCAUGAACUGUGACUUAAAACCAGGAUUAUUUUAUAUAAAUAAUAAUUUGUAUAUCGAUUCAUUAUGUUCUGGACCUACUCUUACCCAUGCAAAUUCUAUGAAGAAAUGGGCCGAAGAUAACAAGAGACCUAUUAAAGAUGUGUUAACAAUGGAUACACAGCUUUUAGAUUUAGAAGUGUGUAUAGGCCAGCCUUAUGUAUAUCAACAUUUGGGACGCUGUGAACACCUAUUCAUUUUUAAUGACAUAAGUUUUGCUCAAACAAAUGAUUGUUUAGGUCAAAAUAAUUAUCCAAGAAUUGUAAGUACAGCAAAAGAAAGAUUAAAAAAUUGUAUCUUUUGCAAUAAAUUUAUUGCUAGUAUUGUUAUGAUUAGUGAUGAUGACAGAACUCCUGUAACUGUUAACCAUAUGUGUGAAUCAUGUUUUUUAUCUUAUAAUUAUGAUCAUAUAGGAGAAAAAAUAGCAAAUUUCAAAGCUUACAGAGCCAUUAAAUGGAGAAAAUGAAAUUAUAUUACUGUUUUACAAUAUGAAUAAAUGUUUUGUAAUUAAAAAAUAAAAUAUGUGUAUAUUAACUA